UUGAUUGACAUGUAACACAGCUACUUUCAUCAGUAUACGAGCACAACUUCAUAGAGAGAUUUAUUUAUACUUUUUACCUCAUUACAACAUUUCAUACUUGGUUGCUGCGCAUAAUUGAAUCAGUGGUACAAAGACACAAUCAAGUACAUGACUCAUGAAUAUUUUCACUCAUAAUGGUAAAGUUUCAACCACAGAGUAUUCAGUGGCGAGGUUUCAUACAAUAUACGUGAUUUUUGAUUGGCAUUUGAAUAUAUUGCGGACACGAUUGAAGAUCGCAGAUCAUGCCGCAAAAGUUUGUCAAACUUUACGCUUGCUGAAUAGUUUAGCAGUCCCAUGGUUAGGUAUUGCAUUGACAUGGCGUCAGUUUCGUGAAUUAGGACCAAACAAACUGUUUGAACGUUUAUUGGUUCGCUGUCAUUAUCCAAUGGCGAUUGAACUUGUUCGAAUCCAUCAAAAACACAAAUGGCCAAUAAGCAUUCUAGAAGAAAGUCAAAGCAAUUAUGGGACGUGUACGUUUACUCGUUUGCUUGCUCACUGGGCAUGUAAUAGCUCCGUUACGUCUUCAGGAGCAGCUACAUUGAUAUCAGAACGGGUAGCAGCUAUUGUUGAUAAACUAUUUAACAAUUCAUCGGAAAGCAAAUCUAAAUCUAGUAAUCAUCAUGCUAACUAUUACAGUAUCUCUAUUCCUCAUUUGGAUUUUGCCGAUGUAGCCAGUCAAGCUAUUUCAGCUGGUCGAGAAACAGUUGCAGAGCAAUUAUUAGAAUAUGAACCACGUGCUUGGCGUCAGGUACCGUUACUUCUAAAAUUAUCUCGUUAUAAUCGUGCAUUAGUUCGAGCAGUAGAGACUGGCAAUCCUGAACUAAUUACUACAGUUGUAGUAGCAUUGCAAGAACAAGGUAAAUUACCGCCAGCAGAUCUAGCAAUGGUACUUCGUCGGCAUCCAAUAGCUUUGGCUAUUUAUCAAGAAACAUUGGAGCAAGCUAAUCAUUCGAAAUCCGGCUCUGAAAAUUCAGCACAAUCUGCUCUUUUAAAUUUUGAUCAUGAAAAUGAUCGUACUUCAGAAGCUAAGAAAAUUGUUCUUUCAGCCUGCCAAGAAAAUAGUUUAGUGUCAAGAUUGACAUUACUACAAAAUGCUGAAGAAAUUUAUCGUCAAGCAAAGAAUGAUUUUAUGGCUCAGCAAUGUAACGCACAAAUACGUCUAUUAAAAUUUCAAAGUAAACUUGAGAAACAAGAAGUAUCUGCUCCUGUCUUUGAAAUUAAAUCCAUACCGGGGUCCAAUCGUAUACUACCCGAAAUAGUACAAUCUGGUACUGUAAAUGAAAAGCUUUGGGUUGGUCAAUCGUUAAACACAACACUCAGUCGUUUAUUAGCUUCCGGUCAAUAUGAACGUCAAGCAGAUCAAUUACGUAGAGAAUUUAGAGUUUCAGAAAAACGUUUCGCUUUUCUUCGUAUUGUCGGUAUGGCAAUCAGUAAUACAUCUUGGUUAGAAAUGGAUAAAAUGAUUCGAGCGAAGAAACCACCAGUUAAUGUUGAGAUAUUAAUAAAAAUUUGUAUCGAUGGUAAUCAUAUUGACGAAGCAAUAAAAUUAAUUCCGAAACUACCACCUGAAAGGACAGUCCGUUUCUUGGUAAUGGCUGGAAAAAUUGAAGAAGCUAUUCAAGCAGCUGUUCGUGAGAAAUCUGAAUAUGACUUAUUGUAUAUACAACAAGAAGUUGGCAAAACCAACAGACAAUUAUAUGAUCGUCUCACUAAUCUACGUGCACAAAUUCGAUGAAUUUUUUAUUUUCAGCAUAAAUCAAUCAAUCAAUCAAUCAAUCAUUGGGCUUUCUAUUAUUCAUUUCUUUUGAACAAUAUAAAACAACUAAUUUAAUUUUAUUUUAUCCUUCAACAAACAAACUUUGUAUGUAUAUACCUGAGAUUGUGUAAUGAUGAUGAUGAUCCAUGGAGUUUUCUGUAUCACAAAUUUCUUCUUUACUUUUGUAUACACAAUUUCAUUGAUUUCAUAAAAAUUUCUCUUUUUGCUUUAGUAAUUAGAUUCACAUGAAAAAAAACAAUUAAUUUUGUAAACAAAAUACUACUACUAUUAUUUCAAACCUACUACUGUCAGU